AUGUCAACAGAGUAUGCCACAAGAAACUCGCCUCGCCUCAGACCAGGAAAAUUCCCACCACUGGUAACCAUUUCUCCUCUUGUCUCACCCCACAAACUCACAAUCAUCGUCCUUCACGGCCGUGGCUUCAACGCACAGAAGUUUCACUCACCACUUCUCACAUCUCCUUCUCCCGAUCCAUCAAUAUCGUUCCACCAAUCUCUUCCGAAUGCUCGCUUCGUGUUCCCCACCGCGCCUCUUGCUCGGGCGACCAAGUAUCGCCGUUCACUUAUUCAUCAAUGGUAUGAAGGAACUGGCGACUGGGAGCCUGAGGCGCGUGGGAACAUGCGACCAAGCAUCGAGUAUAUUCAUAAGUUAUUGAAAGAUGAGAUAGAAAGACUGAGUGGUGAUGCAGGAAAAGUAGUAUUGAUUGGUUUCAGUCAAGGCGGUGCAAUGGCAUUGAUGAGUUGGCUACUUUGGGAGGGUCAGAGUCUGGGCGCCGUGGUUAUAAUGAGUGGCUUCAUGCCCCUAGCGGAGAGUUUAAUGGCGGAUGAGACAUGCGAUGAAGUAUCAGAAGACGGAUUGUUCGAAAGGGAUAGUGAAGAGGAGGCAAAACCUCCACUGCAGAGAGCAAUCGACGAGCUUCGUGGAGAAGCAGAGCUCGAUCCUGCACCACCAACAACUUCUUUUCCUUUCCUGAAAACUUCUGUGUUCGUGGUACAUGGUAAGGAGGACGAGGAUGUUGAGUAUUGCAACGGACUAAGUGCCGCCAAAUGCUUGGAGCGGAUGGGAGCAAAAGUCGAGUUCAAGACGUACCCAGCCUUGAAGCAUUGGUACUCUCCUGAAGAACUUGGACAUAUAACACAAUUCAUAAAUCAACAGCUAGACUUGUAG